GGGGACCGGGCGGGGCGGCGGCGGGACCGGCCCGGGGAUGGGGCGGCCGCUCCCCCGCGGCCUGGGGGCCGCCCCCGCCGCCCCCGCGGGGGUACAGCGGUGGGGCUCCCCGCCCUCGGCCCCUGGGCUGAUGAGGCGAUUGCCCUCCGUCUUAUCUCUCCACGGGGAGCCCCCGUUCCUAUUCCUCCUUCUCCCGGGAGAGUCGCAGGGCCCCGCCGGCCGGGGAGGCCCUGUCUUGCAGCGGGCCCACGGGCCCAUCUGCUCCGCGGGCCUCGGGCUGUGCUGGCCGGGCAGCCGGCCGUGCCCCCGCCUCCCUUUGUUGCCGCCUGGUUGGUUUCCGUGCAGCGCUCGGGUGGCACCGCGCUGAGCCCGGCCGCGGCCGUGCCGCCCUGGCGCCUCCCUGCACCGCGCCUCGACACGGGCAGGGCGCUCCGGCCCCGUCAGUCUGUGCCUUCAGUUGCCUGAGCUGCUUCCCACCUUCCGCGCUUCCUCCCUGCUUCGCUGAAUUAUCCUUUUAGUUGCUGCUGGUUCCCUUCUGUGCCUGCUUUUUCGUCUUUCACACGUUUCGUGUAAACCGCGGGCUUCUUGCAGGGCUUGUUGGGUGAUGUGCUGUGCAGUGCCCUGAUCCUCCUGUACUAAAAACCUUUGUACAAAAGCAUAAGUUGCUCCAAGCCAAUGUAGCUAUCUGUUAGGAAUCACAAAAAAGUUUUGUAGAAAGCCUUAGGCAGAAGAUACUCAAAUUUUGUGUAACAAAACUUAGAGAUAGUAGUCCUUGUAAUUUGAAUGGUUUUCUUUAUUCAAGCAUAAGCCCUAAAAGUUUAAAAAAAAAUAAAAUCAAAACAUCAUCUUUUGUAAAAGUAAUGAUUUUUGUAAAAUUCAAGUUUGAUGCUAGCAACAGUCUUCCACUCCUGGUGAAUGCAUGGAUCUUUUUGUUUGCUUCGUUGUUUGUUCAGUACAUUUGCUAAUAUUUUUUUCUUGGUCCAAGGUGUGGUCAGACAAUAAAGUGUGCACAAAAGAGACAGAAAAGACAGAGGCAGAAUGAGGAUGCUUCUGUCUUUAUGCCAAAGGUGAACCAGUGUUUCUACUGCAUGAACAGUGAACACACAGCAGCUUGAAGCUGCCUGUAGUGUACAUUGAAUCCCUGGACUACUUGACUUUUAAAGCUACCUGCAGUGGUAGGUAACAAAAAGACUGUUCAAAAUAAUCCUAAAUUGAACCUAUUGCCAAGCAUUCUAUGACCAAGAACUAUUUUUGAUUCUUAGUCUUUGCUUCCAGGAUUUGGUGGGUUCUUUUGGUUUUGGGUUUUUUUGGGUAAUGUGAUCUGUUAUUAAUGCAGUAAUAAUAUUCAUUACUGUGUUAAUAAUCCCCUCACUCUCCACUUCUCUGCAGAGAUGUCUGUCAGGUGAAUUAGUGGGGUUUAUGCUCUCUUCAGCAUCAGGCAUGGGACCAGCUGGUGCUGAGGGUAGAGCACUGGAUGAGCUGUAAAGCUGCCAUGGUAUCUGACAUGAGAUGUUCAGCAGCCUGAGAAGGACAUGGGAGGGUUUUACCAUGGGCAUAUAGUGACUUAAAUCUAUUUUCUGUUAAAAUGUCUCUAAUGAAUGACUUUUGUUUGAACUAGUAGUUAUUUUAUGACAUUCAACAGGAUUGCUUCAGUUCUUUUAUUUAUGAUUAUGUUAAGUUAGGAGAGCCUCAAAAAUGUCAACUUUUCAUGUUAAUUUACUUUUUAAAAAAUGAAAAUGGUUUCUUAUUUAAAAUGUGUCUCAGAAAUUUCAGUCCCCUCAACAUUUCAUGUUUUUAAAGUAAUGAUACAACAAUUUCAGCUUCUUUUGUAAAUAGAGCAUUCAAACUGAAAUGUGUGUGUCAAAUUUCAGUCUUAAGGAAAUCCUGACUGACAAAACUCUUAAGAACUGAAAGAAAAUAUCUGUACUUUUGUGAUGGAAAUACCAAAUCAACCUUAAGAGUUUGUGACAUGGAUGUAUUAAUAUAUCCAUGGUUUAUAAUUUAUAGAUUAGAGGAAGUAUCUAUGACUACUGUGUAUUGAAAGUUUAACAAAAUGGUUUUCCUUUAUCAAAUAAACAGUUAGUUCAAAAUAUGCAUUCCUUAAAUGAUGACUUAGGAGUCAAGUUGUUAAAUGAAAAUAUCUGGUGUAUACCUUGGAGAUUUAUCUUGUUUGCUCUUUUUCUCUUAGGAAGCCUGACAAAUAGAAAAAUACAACAAAGUGAAGAGAAAAUUUACUUCAUGAGAACUGAGCUCUGCUUUCAUUUGCUUUUAAAUUUAUUUGUAUUAGUAGCUGAUUAGUGUCAGAUCAUCUCUGUAGUCUGCUGUGGUGAAAUUUCUAGGUUAAGCCUGGAAAAAAUGAAACAGUUAAAAAGAAAAAGAAAAAGCAAUUUUAGUGUUCAGGAAACUCAAACUCUCCUUAAGGAAAUCAGAAAAAGGAGAGAAGUACUCUUUUCAAAGCAACUUAAUACAACAAUUAAUGAGAUGAAACGGAAAGCUUGGGAGGAAAUAGCAGAGUGUGUCAAUGCUGUAGGUGAAGGAGAGCAGAGAACAGGGACAGAAGUGAAAAGGCGAUACCUUGACUGGAGAGCACUCAUGAAGAGAAAACGUCUGAAUGCAAACAUCAAGGUAGUAGGUGCUGGGUUUCACCUUCCUUCAUCCAAUUUAGAUGACUCUCUCAAUGAAGACAUGGAUGAGAAAAUGGGAUUUGCAAUUGAAUCUAGUUUUGAGUGGCAAAAUAUCACUGACUUCAGAGAAGCUGGUGGAUCUUUAACAGAAAUCAAAGUAGAAGAGGAAGAGGAAGACCCGCAGAAUUUUGAAUUUCCUAUUGAGGAAGAAGAAGAAAUAUUGUCAUCAGUUCUGCCAGAUUCGAAAAAGGAGAAUGACCUACCAGACUUCCCCCACAUUGAAGAGUUCGGAAAUCUGAGCUCUGCUCAAGCUAGGCUAGCCUAUGAAGAUUCUCACUUGCUUAUAAAUCUGGAGAAGCAAAAGGUGGAGCUGGAGAAGCAGCGACUGGACAUCGAAGCCGAAAGGUUGCAAGUGGAGAAGGAGCGCCUGCAGAUUGAGAAGGAGCGGUUGCGGCACGUUGACCUGGAGCGUGAGCGCCUUCAGAUUGAGAAGGAGCGACUUCAGCUAGAGUGGGAGAAACUCAGGCUAGAGACUCUGCAUGCUGAAAAACCUGCCCUGGAAAAUGACCUCACGCAAACUGAAAAACCUAUCAUGCAGCCUCUGGAUCUAGAAACUGAAAAGUUAAAACUUGAAAAAGAACGUUUGCAGUUAGAGAAAGAGAGGCUGCAGUUCCUAAAGUUUGAGUCAGAAAAGCUGCAGAUUGAGAAGGAGCGCUUGCAAGUGGAGAAGGAGCGCCUUCGAAUUCAGAGAGAGGGUCACUUGCAGUGAACAUCUCAGCUAAGGUGUCAACGUUAGUGUUUUGAUGUUUCUAAAUUAGAAGUAGUUCUUUCCUUGAUACUGAAACUGUCCUAGAGGCUUAACAUUCUUCUGUUCAGAGUUGAAUGUUGAUGUUAAACUGAAAAAAAAAAUGGUGCUCAAUAUGUCAGUGUGCCUACAUAAAUGACCUUAUGUGUGAAGUUGCUUUUCAAUGUAUCAGAAUUUAAGUGUUACGUUCUCUUGUCUUCAGUAUUGUGCUGUAUUAGUUUGGUAUCCUUCCCUCACAGGGGCCUUGAGAAGAGUCCAGGCUGAACCUUGUACUUUUUGUCACUAUACUAACAGGAAGGAAGGAUCAGAAUAAAUCAUUGUUUGCUGUGAGGAUAUAGUGCUGACAAUAGCCUAUAUGGUAAAGAAGUAUAAUUUCGGCAGAACACAGGAAUACGAAGUCAUUAUGAGAGCGAUUCAUUACAUUUUAUUCCCUCCCCCCCUUUUUUUCUCCAUCCCCAUAAUUGGGGAAAAACAGUUGAAGAGUUAUCUAGAAGUUAAAGUGCAAGUUAAAUUCAUUGCAGUUGUGUUCACUGUUGUUCCAUGGCUUGAACUGAAUGGGAGUGCAGAAAAUAGGUUUGAGUUUUUAUGGUGGUUCUUUUUUUGGGACAUAUUCAUAUUAGGCAAAGUUACACAUUGGCCGUACACACUAUCACCAGGCCAUUAAUAAUGCUGCAUGGAGUAGAGCACCUGUGUUAGCAUAGGACAGGGAUUUACUGAUUGAUCAGGCGUGCUGUCUAAUGAGUCUGAUGACCCUCUGAAGGAAAUUGCUAGACCUUGUUUGUCCUUGGAAGGCAGUAGCUGGUGAUAGGAAUCUCAGAAAUGGAGACUGAGCACAACCCAAGAACCUCUGAGCUUGAACACUUCUACACUCAUUGCUGGUUCUGCCUGGCCAGUGCCAAGGUCUGGCUGCAAGGCAGCCAGAAGAGACUUCUGUGGCUCUCUGUGUAAUAUAUUUUAAUUAAACAAACAGAAAUGGUCAGUGCUGAAGGCUGUUAGUUUUUUUCGUAGGCAAUGUAGUCAUAUAACAAAAAAAAAAAAAAGCCAAGGAAGGAAGCUUUCUAUUAUUUCAUAUAGGUUUAAAUCCCAACUGAGCCAGGCUUCACCUCUCUCAUGCCAGUAACUGUCUUGUUAACUCCAUUGGAAAUGUAGAACUGUGGGAAUACUAAGUCUAAACAUAUGUUGAGUGACUUAGGUGAAUUUGUGUGCAAGUAAAUAAUAUUUAUACCACUACAGGUUUACUUUUAUUCUGCAAAGAUUAUUUUUUUAUUACUGAAACAAGUGUGCUUCUACAGUGGAAAUAAAUUUGACUACUACACUCCAAAA